GGACAUGAGAAAAUGCCUCAUCUAAACCAUACUAAGGUGACUGAAUUUAUCCUCCUGGGACUAACUGAGGACCCAGAACUUCAGAAAAUCCUUUUUGUAGUCUUCUUGGUGAUCUACAUCAUCACCCUGGUGGGGAAUGUGGGUAUGAUCAUGUUGAUCUAUAACAGUCCUCGACUCCACACUCCUAUGUACUUUUUCCUCAGUCAUCUCUCCUUUGUGGAUUUGUGUUACUCCUCCAACAUCACUCCUCAGAUGCUAGUCCAUUUCCUCUCAGAGAGAAAGGCCAUCUCCUAUGCAGGAUGUUUCACCCAGUGUCUUUCCUUCAUUGCCCUGGUGAUUACAGAGUUUUACAUCCUUGCUUCAAUGGCUAUUGAUUGCUACGUGGCCAUCAGCAGCCCCCUGCAUUACAGCACCAAAAUGAACCAAAAUGUCUGCCUCUGCCUGGUCAUUGUCCCCUAUGUCUAUGGCUUCCUGAAUGGUCUUUCUCAGACUCUGCUGACUUUCCAUUUGUCCUUCUGUGGACCCAAUGAAAUUAAUCACUUCUACUGUGCUGACCCUCCUCUCAUACUAUUGGCUUGCUCUGAUGUCUAUGUUAAAAAAAUGGCCAUGUUCAUAGUAGCUGGCUUUACUCUCUUAAGCUCUCUCCUCACCAUUCUAUGUUCUUACAUUUUCAUCUUUGCUGCCAUUUUAAGAAUCAAAUCUGCUGAAGGCAGACAAAAGGCCUUCUCUACCUGUGGGUCCCAUCUUACCUCUGUCAUUCUCUUCUAUGGGACCCUUUUCUGCAUGUACUUAAGACCUCCUUCUGAGCAGUCUGUAGAAGAAUCCAAAACAAUUGCUGUCUUUUAUACCUUUGUGAGUCCCAUGUUAAAUCCCUUAAUCUACAGUCUCAGAAAUAAAGAUGUCAUUGAGGCCAUGAAGAAAGUAUUCCAGGGAAAAAUAUUCACAAAAAUGGAAGGAUGA